AUGAGCUCAGAGCUCAGAGACAUCCUAGUACUACUGCCUACCUGGGAAGAACUGCGGCUGUCCGUGGAGGUCACAGCCACAGGGUAAGAACUCUUCCGGCAGGUGUGUGAUACAGCACACAUUCGAGAAGCUCACAUUUUUGGCCUCAGCGUCAUCAGAAACAAUGAGUACGUGUUCCUGAAUUUGAAGGAAAAGCUCAGUAAAUACUUCUUAAAGGACAGGAAGAUGGAGCCGCACAGAAGGGGUCAGAUAUCCAGGGCGCCCUUUAUCAUCUUCUUCAGAGUGCAGUUCUACGUGGAAAACGGGAGGGCCAUCAGUGACAAGACAGCCUUGAGCCUGUACUACUGCCACCUGAAGGAGCAGGUCCUGAGGUCCAGGUGCGUGCACAGAGAAGAGGCCUACUUUCUGCUGGCUGCCUGUGGGCUGCAGGCUGACCUGGACCACCAGGAGACGGUCCAUGUGGGCAAGUACUUCGAGCCCCAUGCCUACUUCCCUCAGUGGAUUAUCAACAACAGGGGGCCUGACUACAUCCUCAGGCAUGUGCCUAGCAUGCACCGUGAACAGCGGGGCCUGAGCCCCAAGGAGGCCAUACUCCGCUUCAUCAGGGAUGCCUGCCGACUUGAGGACGUUCCUGUCCACUUCUUCAGGCUGUACAAGGAAAAGAAGGAUGAUUGCCCUACCAUCCUCCUGGGACCCACUCUGCAAGGAGUGCACACCUCUCGGGGGAAGAAGCUGGAAGUCCAACCAGAAGGGCUACCGGCAACACAGAAGCUGCUGUUCUACACGGGCUACGCCUGGUGCUCCCGCUACCUGCUGCAACUGCUUCAUGCCACACACCAGCUGCAUCUCAGCUUGCGGCCUGUGCUGCAGUGGCUCCAAAGGCUGGAGGAGGCAGAACGUGGGUACCGAGAAUCUUACAUCAGAGACCCACUGGAGUUAGACCGGGAAUCCUACAUCAGAGACCCACUGGAGUUAGACCAGGAAUCCUACAUCAGAGACCCACUGGAGUUAGACCGGGAAUCCUACAUCAGAGACCCACUGGAGUUAGACCAGGAAUCCUACAUCAGAGACCCACUGGAGUUAGACCGGGAAUCCUACAUCAGAGACCCACUGGAGUUAGGCCCGGACCCACGCAGCAGGAGUUCCUGGAGCAGCUUCAGCAGCCAUGAUGCCUGCACCAACAGUGGAGAUUUCCGAAUUGGGUCCUCUGGGCCCUGA